UCUUCAAUUGAGGGAUGCCUGUAUAGUGCUUUGGUGUUUAGCCAGUCUGUCUGUUAGCUUUAUAGAAGUUAUACAGUGAAGACUAAUGUCUUGUUUUUCUUCAAUGCCAGAGGAAGCUCUGCCCCUCUCCUCACUUCGCCUUUUAGCUCCACCUUUGCGGCUGGUCUCGGCUGCAGUGUGGCAGGUGAUGAAACGACGAGAUGUGCUGCAUUAUGGGAAACUGGAGGAGUUUGUGACCUCAGUCUCAGAGACAGUCCCUGAGUUGCUGAGCCAGAGACACAAGGCCAAACUGGUCUUGGGUCUGAAAGCAAGGUUGGUUCUUGAGAUGUGUCGUGGACAGACACCCCCUGACCCUCAUGUCAUUCUGCCUCACCUGGAGCAGAUCCAGAACCCCAUCCCUCCUGAUCGGCGUAAAAAUAGGAAAGACAGCAAGGUGGAGACGUCCAUCUCCAACUUCCAUGAGUUGGUAAAGACACUCCUGAAUGAUCCUGCACAAAGAGAACAUUUUUUCCAGGAGGUGUUCCCAGUAGAAUAUGGCCCCCAGUUUGAGCAGGCUCUGGAGAAGCUGCUGUGGGAGUUCCUGACCAGACUGGAUCAGCUUUUGCCUGUGCCCGACCUAGCUCAGACGGUGUCAUGGCUCAGCUCCUCACCUGCUGUCCUAGAGGAAUGCGCGCGGUCUGUCUCCCAGCCCGAGUUGCUAAGAUCCCUGCUCCAGCACCACAAGUGUCUCGGACAUCUAGAUGUACCUGGAAACCUGCCAUCUACUUUGGGAGACUCCAUCCUCUUGUCCAUGUCUCUCCCACCUUCAGGCAGAGUGCAGAGGCCUGAAGUGCUGACCGAAACCAGCAGCCAGCUCACAGACAGUUGCACAAAAGCCUUAAUGUUGUCCAGUGACAAAUAUGGCGCUGAUGCUGGUUCCCCUGUCCAGCCUGUGAUGGAACAGAUGAAACGCGUGGAAUUGACUAACACAGUCUCAGCAGACAGGAUGUCAGGUGGUGCCCAAAGAACAGCCAGAGGGGCAGGUGAAGAGUCUCAAAGUGUUAUUGACAGUUCGGGUGACCAAGAGGUCAAACUGAAGUCAGGGUCACAUUUUGACAAAACUGGGGAAGAAGAUGAUGGUUUGGGGAAGAUGAUGGAAGGAGGGGAAAUUCAACAAAAAAAACAUCAAAGACUCAAAAGAAAGCGAGAACAAGACGAGGAAGAUAAUGACGGAGAUAAUAGCAAUCAUGACUAUAGUGAUGAUGAUGUUAGAAGUAGCUUUAGCAGUGGUGAUGACACGAAUGCUGAGCAAGAGGAGCAGGGUGAUGCAGUUAAUGGGCAACAGAAGAAGAGGGGAGUACUGCCUGAAACCCCUGUCCCUCAACAGCACCAACAGCUGGGUGAGGAGGAGCGCUUGUCUCUGAUCGCUUGCUGCAUGAGUCACCAGCCACGGGUCGUGAUCCGCCAGCUCAGCCUCUCGGACACCUCCAUCCCCGUGCGGUCACUCCUUUGUCUACCUGGCGACAGAUGUCACAGUGCAGCAUCUCCAGAGAAAAAGGACAGGGGCUCACCAGAGUGCAAGGAACAAGCGGUGGCCCAACAGCAGAGGCGUAGGAAUAGAACGGUGAUGCCCAGGAAGCAGUUGCUGGAGUCAUUUGAUAAAGAGAACUGUGCCGACUCCCUGCUAACUUUGAGCGCAUCGCCUGCCUUUUCCCAGCGGAGUCAAAGCAGAGGCAGGGCUGUCAGGACUCCAGAAGAGGAUGAUAUUGUGUUUGAUUCUGAAGAUGAGAGCACAAAGAAUUUCAAAGGACGGCUGUUUCUGAAGCGAUACUACAGGACAAAGCAUAACACCUAUGUCCCCACACUCAGAGAGUUCUGGAAGCCAAGUCUGUCUGUCAACCACAGCCUCAGAUGAGCAGCUGAAUCCCACCCCAGAUAUUACCUCCUUCCCUAUGUGUCACUCAGUAGUGUCAGGACAACACAAUCUGUGCACUUUUUUUUAGAGGAACAAUAGGGUUUCACUUGGAGAGUACAAUCCAAAUCCUGCACCUCAUCCCAAGGCUGGUCAGUCUUCAGUAUUUUAUUUACAGUAUUUUUGUAAUAUUGAGACUGAGUUCACAUCUUUUAAACUAUCAUGGAAAUAACCUUCCACAAGCACUUUUUAAAUAUUUAACUAUCUAAUAGCUUU